AUGAACGCAACACUCGACUGUUCUACAUUUCAUCUACUACACUAUUCAUUUUUACAAGAAUUCUCAAAAGAUUUAUUUAUCUUAAUGUGCUUUAUUGACGCUAUAAUCUUCUUUUCCGCAACGCUUGGAAAUACCCUGAUCUUAAUUGCACUAAAAAAGAGUCAGUCCAUACAUUCUCCCUCCAAAGCUCUGCUCAGCAGUUUGGCAUUCUCUGAUCUUGGUGUCGGAAUAAUAGUAGCCCCACUACACUUCGCCCUUACUCUGGGUGUGAUCCAAGAAGACCCACUACAGUAUUAUGCACCGUAUCAGCCUACCACUAUGGCUGGUUUCAUAAUGGCUUCAGUUUCAACUUUAACAUCUCCUGCAAUCGCCCUGGACAGAUAUCUCGCAUUUCGCCUCAGAAUUAGAUAUCGGCAUUUAGUUACCCUGAGAAGAAUUGUUAUAUUGCUGUCUUCAUUGUGGGGUACAGGGAUCUUCUUUGCCGUGUCGUGGACGCUCGGUAGGAACAUUAAUCGCAUUGUGGGAGCUUUCUCAACGGUACUCUGUACAACAACAACUUUAUACUUCUAUCUGAGGACAUUUUUUGGAUUGCGUAGACAAACAGCUCAGAUUCAACAACAGAGUCGGCUCAGGACAAACCGCAGAAAUAUUUUUAGCAUCCCAGCCUAUAAAAAGACUGUUAAAAACAUGUUUUUAAUUUACUGCGUUAUAUCGAUUUGUUAUAUGCCAUACUUGUUGGCGCAGAUGUUGAUUUUCUUCGUGGGUCUCAACAGUUCCUCCUUUCUAGUUAUAAGUUUCGCAUAUAUCCUUAUACUCCUUAACUCGAUGCUAAAUCCUAUUGUCUAUUGUUGGAGAAUACGCGACCUCAAACGACAAGUGCUUAGAAUACUA